CCGAACAAUAGAAGAUCUCAAAAUACAGCAAAGCCGCAUAUUUUCACUGAGAACCGCUGCUGGCCUCGGCCGGCUCGUUUCGAUAUUCUCCCUACUCCGGCCAUCAUUUAGGGCUUCGCCGGCGCUUGUCGGCCGCCGGAGAUGAGCGGCGCGCGGCUUUGUUCGGUCCUCGUUGAGCUAGGUAUGGGCGGCCAUGGUUCUUUCGAGCCGGACAGUUUUGAGUGGCCAUUCCAGUACGAAGAGGCUGCCCCAGUGCUCGAUUGGAUAUGCUCUAGUCUUCGCCCCUCUAAUGUUCUCUCCCCUUCAGAGGUCUCUCAGUACAAGCAAUUAGUAAACGAGGGAAAGCUACUCGAGGGAGAAGAUUUAGAUUCUGCCUUUGAUAGCAUAUCUGCUUUUUCAAGCAGGAGAGACAACCAGGAAGCAUUGUUUGGAACCGAAGAAAGACUAAUUGAUAUUAGAGAGUCAAGGUCAGCCUAUAAAGAAGAUGCACUAGAUAUGCAGAAGCAGCUUGAAAGACAGAAAUAUCAGUUCUCUAUGCUAGCUGGUCAAGCUUCAUCUCUCAUCCAGGGGAAAAGGGCUCGCAUGGCUGCCAUAGCUACAGUCAACGGGCAACUCACAGCAUUGGACGAGAAGCUUUCUGCUCGAAAUUUAGAGAUGAAUACAGUUCUGGGAAAGAUUGCUACAACUGCACAAGAAUUGGCGCACUAUCAUAAAGGGGACGAGAACACAAUUUACCUAGCGUAUUCUGAUUUCCAUUCCUAUUUAAUUGGAGAUCUGGCUUGUGGCAAGGAACUAAACCAGUGGUUUUCUAAACAAUUUGAUAAGGGUCCUUUUCGACUUGUAGCCGAGGAGGGAAAGUCUAAUUGUUCAUGGGUCAGCCUUGAUGAUAUAACUACCUGCUUGAAACGAGGAGAUUCUGAGAAAUCUCAACACCAUCGGGUGGCAGAGUUGCAACGAUUGCGAUCCAUUUUUGCGACAAGUGAAAGACAAUGGGUAGAAGCUCAAGUUGAGAAUGCUAAGCAGCAAGCUAUUCUCUCGAUGCUCAAGUCUCAAAUUUCAUCGGAUGAAGCUCACAUUCAUCAUGAUAUUCAAUCUCUUAGGAGAAAGAACUCUGAAUUGGUUGCUGAACUUUCAAGUCUGCAUCGCAAGGAGCAAAAAUUUCUUUCUGAGACUAUUCCCCGUCUGUGUUCAGACCUUGCUCAACUUCAAGAUACUUACAUUUUGCAGGGGGAUUAUGAUUUAAAAGUUAUGCGACAAGAGUGCUACAUUAAUAGGCAGAAAAUGUACAUUAAUCAUCUGGUUAAUCAACUUGCGAGACACCGUUUCCUAAAAACAGCUUGUCAAAUAGAAAAGAAAUCCAUACUUGGUACUUACUCUUUGGUUAAAGUAAUUGACUCAGAAUUACGAAGCUAUCUGUCUGCUGCCAAUAGCCGCCUGGGUCAUUGUCUGUCAUUAAUUCAAGCAGCCUCAGAAGUACGAGAGCAGGGUGCAGUUGAUGAUCGUGACACUUUCCUCCACGGUGUUCGUGAUCUUCUCAGCAUUUAUUCAAAUUCUCAAGCUGCAUUGCCAACUUAUGUGUCAGCCCAUGGAAUUAUUCAGCAGAUUUUAGCUGUAAGAUCUGAUCUACUCUCUCUCCAAUUAGAACUUGAGAAUUCUCUUCCUGAAGACCGGAGAAGAUGCGUUAAUGAACUGUGUACUCUUAUUCAAACUUUGGAGCAGCUUUUAUUUGCAUCAUCAACAACUGCAGAACCAUCAUUAACUCCUAGGCCGUUGAUGAGAGAACUGGAAGAAAUGGACAAGGUGAACUCUCAUCUCUCUGUUUCUGUUGAGGAAGUAACAGAGGCCCACCGACAGAAAGCUGAGAUUGUGAAGCAUCACCCGCAUGAGGUGGGAUGGGAAAGGCAGGUAUUUGUUGAUUUCUUCUGCAAUCCUGAUCGGCUCAGGAAUCGUGUCAAGGAACUCACUGCUCGCGCUAAGGUUUUGCAAAAAUAAUUUCUGCUUUUACAUUUUUAACCAUCGUAACUUUUUCUUGUGUCUGAUUUUAUAUUUAUAUCUGUUCCGAUUGCUACAAUCCUCCUCAUUCAAUCAUAAUAAUAAAAAAUUACGCUAGGAUAUGACUAAA